AUGAAUAAUAAAAUAAGAAAAUCAAUUGAAAAUAAUAAUAAUAAUAAUGAUGAUGAUGAUGAUGAUAAUAAUAAAAAAUUAAAAAUUGAAAAAGAAGAAAAAGAAGAAAAAGAAGAAGAAAUAAAAAUAAUUAAUUCUUUUAUUUUAAAAUCACCAAUUGGAGCAUUAAAGAUAACAGCAGAUGAUAAAUCAUUACAUGGUAUAAGAUUAUACGAAAGUAAAAAUUUAGAUGAAGAAUGUAAAAAUAAAACAAAUAAUAAAAUUAUUUUACAAAUUAAUCAAGAAUUAGAUCAGUAUUUUAAUGGAAAACUACAAGAAUUUAAAACUCCUAUAAAUUUAGAAUUGGGUACUGAAUUUCAAAGAAAAGUUUGGACUCAUCUUAGAACCAUACCAUAUGGUUCAACUUUAUCUUAUUCAUCAGUUGCUACUCAAUUAGGACUUGAUAAGAAAUAUGCUCGUGCAAUUGCGACUAGCUGCCGAUUAAAUAUUUUCCUUUUGCUAGUUCCCUGUCACCGUAUUAUUUCUUCAAAUGGUAAGGUUAUUGGGUAUAGCGGUAAAAAAGGAAUAGAUAAACAAUUUAUUUUAUCAAAUAUUGAAAAAGCCAAUAUUAAAACUUAA